CUGAGGAUUAACAGCAGUCUCUGACCUACAGCUGCGUUUCUGAGCAGCACCGCGGAGUCCAGAGCCAUGAGAUGAUGGAGAUCCUGACCUGAAGUGAGUCUGAGUGUGAAUGAGCGGAUCCGGAUUGAUCUGAUGAGUGCAGGAGUGGAGCGGAGCGGCUGCUGGAGUCAUGAAGACAGCACUGGUGUUCCUCUGUCUGCUGUUCCUCACCUGCGCUGGAGACCCGGAUCACACUGAGCCCAGAACACUGCAGUACCUGCGCAUCGGCGACGGCUCCGCUCGAGAGUUCCAGUUCCCCCAGAACACACGCGGCGUCAUCGUGAUCUCCAGCCAGUACCGCAGCUCCGGGGGCCGCAAGGGCCGAGACAGCCUGAAGCAGACUCUGCGGGUCCGGUCUCUAGAUCCAGACGUCAUCUCCAUCCUGAACGUGAGCGACAGCGGGCCGCAGAGCAGCUACACCAUCAGCAUCCGCUCAGGGCUCCCGGGGACGGCACCGCUGCUUCUCCAGCUGCUGGAGCUGAGCCGGGACGCGGAGCCGCUGCUGAUCGAGGAGCGCAGCGACUACUCCAUCAGGGUGGAGGCCGCACCAGAACACAUGGAGGCCGGCGGGCUGCAGCACUUCUCGGAGAACCCGGUGCUGUUCGCCCUGCUGCCGCUGAUCUUCGUCAACAAGUGUGCGUUCGGCUGUAAGGUGGAGGUGGAGGUGCUGCUGGCGCUGCUGCGGAGGCCGGUGCCGCUGCUGCUGGGUGUCGCUGCGCAGUUCCUGCUGAUGCCCCUCUACGCCUUCGCCCUGUCCCAGCUGGCGGCGCUGCCUACUGCGCUGGCGCUCGGCCUGGUCAUCACCUGCUCGGCUCCGGGUGGUGGUGGUGGCUACCUGUACAGCCUGCUGCUGGGUGGAGACGUCACCCUCGCCAUCUGCAUGACCCUGGUGUCCACGGUGGUGGCGACCGCUGCCAUGCCGCUGUCCUCCGCCUUGUACGGCCGGCUGCUGGGCGUCCACGCCGCGCUCCACGUGCCCUUCGUUAAGAUCCUGGGCACGCUGCUGUUCAUCGCCAUCCCGAUCUCGCUGGGGCUGCUGGUGAAGCUGCGAGUGCCCGCGGUGGCCAGCGUCCUGCUCGCCCUCAUCCGCCCCUUCAGCUUCGUGCUGAUCGUCGGCGGCAUCUUCAUGGCCUAUCAGAUGGGCUCCUCCAUCCUGGCUCACGUGCGCGCCCCGAUGGUGGUGGUGGGCGUGACGGUGCCGGUGUUCGGGCUGCUGGCGGGGCUGGCGCUGGCACGGCUGGCGGGGCUGGCGUCUCCUCAGAGGAGGACGGUGGGCAUCGAGGUGGGCGUGCAGAACAGUCUCCUGGCGCUGGCCGUCAUGCAGCUGUCCUUCCAGCGGGCGGAGGCCGACUACGCCUCUCAGGCGCCCUUCAUCGUGGCGCUCAGCAGCACCUCCGAGAUGCUCCUGCUGGUGCUGGCACACAUCGCCCGCAGCCGCCUGUGCCCGCCGGCGCCCGCCACCCGCACCCUCAGCUGAGCGCCCGCCGGACACACUGACCAACACACUGCCAUCGCCCAGGCCAACACCAAACGCCUUCGGACACUUGCACACGCUCGCAGAGAUAUACGCUCAACGACAGACCCAUGUGCUGCACUACGGGACAUUCUGAUUGGCUGACGAUGAUCGGAGGCCAGAGGAGGAGAGCGGUGAUGAUGGAGGAUCAUGCAGGAUACUGUGACGCGCAUCCCUCCUCUGAGGAGUGUGAGCAGUGACAUGAGGAAUGGUCUCGUGAUGUUCUCUACAGCACACACUCCUGUGAUUACUGCCAGCGCUCUUCUGCUCCUGUACGGCCUUAUUUCUUACACACUUUAUUCUGUCCAACUGCUGAGAACGUCUCCAGAACAUCUCCUGAUCAUCUCCUGAUCAUCUCCAGACACUGACCGGAUCUGUCCUGAGCGCAUAUAUUUUUGCAGUGUUGAUCUUCUUUUGUAAAUCAGAGUUUAAUAAGCCAAUCUUGUGUGUGUGUGUGUGUGUGUGUGUGUGUGUGUGUGUGUGUGUGUGUGUGCGCUACAGCCACAGUGUUGAUCAGAGCUGAUAUUUUUCUAAGUGAUUGUUCUUUUGUAAUGGGUUUGUUUGUAUCUUGUUUACAGAUGUGUGUGUGUGUGUGUGUGUGUGUGUGUGUGUGUGUGUGUGUGUGUGUGUGUGUGUGUGCGGCUGAUGUUGUGUACUCUCGAUUGUUCAAUGAUGACGACUUGUGAUUAAAUGCUUUUGACAUGA